UUCCAUUUCCAGUCUAAUGUUUUUGUGACUUGUAUGAGUUUACUUAGAAGAUUUUUGGUUUUCGAUAAUUUUCGUUUUAUACAAAAUGAUAUUUUAUCUUCUGUUGUGUAAUUUUUUGUUUAUUCCGAUAGUUUACAGCAAAAAUAUUACGAGCAGCAAACCGGAAAUCGCAAACAAAAAUCUAACUGAAUCUCAUGAAAUUUUUCUACCUAACAAAACUAAAGAAAAAUUGUUAAGUGAAGGUGGUGAAAUAUUGCCUGAUACAUCAAUUUUGGAUUCACCUAAAGAUAAACAUGAUAUGCUGAUGAGCUUAGAUAGUGAGACAGGCAAAAACAAAGUUAAAUCUGUGGUCGCACGGAAAGGAGUGGUGUAUACAGAAGAUAAUAGUGAAAAGCCUCAGAAAACUCUGUCAACACUCGGUGAAAGUUCUAUUGACCCUUUAAAGGUUGCAAAAAAGACAGAAACUUUAAAUACACAAUUAAAUAAUGUGACACAUCCAGUAGUACUUUCUAAAGUAAAUGAAACUUUGGUGAACAACAUAAACAAAACUAAGGAAGUAAAUACAACUGAAGUACACUUGAAACCUCGUGUAUUAUCAUAUGACAAGGUUGUGAACAUGACCGUUAAGACACCUUCUGCAGCAACUGUAUAUGACCACAUUCUGACACCUAAGAAAGAAUUAAAAGCCUACACCAAGAAUGCCAACAGCCAUCCUGGAAUGAUAAUGCCUCUAGUUAUAACAAUUUUGUUAGUUCCUAUGUUUGCAGUACUUGGUUACAUGGCAUUGCGUAGAGGCCAAGAAGCUUGGAAGAAUAGGCAUUACAAGCGAAUGGAUUUUUUGCUUGACGGCAUGUACAAUGACUAAAGAUGUAUCAGGGUAAAAUUGAGAUGCUUUCCUACAUUGAUGAUAUUGAAAAGAGAUAUUAAAUAUUUACCAAACAACUAAGUUAAAUGGUGGCCUAAACAACAGACUGGCCUAAGGAAUAUUUUUGGAAAGGAAAUAAACUUUUCUUGAAGUUAUUUCUAUAUUGUUAAAUGCUUAUAGCUAAAUAAUUAUUGGCAAUAAUUUAAAUUGUUACUAGAAUAAAACUGAAACAAGUUAUAUAAGUAUAAAGCAUAGUUAUUUACAUGUGGCAGCUAAGCAGGAUGCUACAAAUAUUUUGCUAAUUAAAAAAUGACAAUAAUAAUUAUAAUGGUGGUGCUCCACAUGUGCCUUACAUGUAAUGUUAAUAAUAUCUAUGUUUACAAAUUUAUUUAGCAGCAUAAAAAUUGUCAAAUGAAGUGUCUUCCUUUUAGCAUAAGUUAUUUAUUAGAAUGUUAAUAAUGUGAUAAUUUUGAUAUAGUAUGAGACACCAAUGUUGAUAUUUUAAUGAAUGUAUUUUGAUAUUGUUUUGUUGUAGUUACCAAAA